UUUCUGUGUGAGACUUGAUCUGCUUUCUGUGUACGCUUAUUAAAGACUGGAAAGAACAGUGAUUUUCCUGCAUUCUCGAGCCCUGGAAUUGUCAAGCAAUAAAAUGAGGUAAAUCAUCCUUGCUUUUUCCGCAUCCUUUCCUUUCUGUGCUAGAGAUUCCCUAGCUACAAAGCACCAAAUACUUUUUCAGCCCAACACAACUAAGGGGUGAAACCUGUAAUUAUUUUUCCUCUAGAAGCUUGCAUUUAGCAGAGGGCAGCUUGCAAGUGUGUAGGAGCCGACUCCUAGGAUGAGAGAGGCCAACACGCUGCAUUUCUCAUUCAUAAUCCCUUGAGUAAUCCUAAUCCAGUUGAGAUCUGCAGCCUUUAUUAAGUGUCACGUGGUAGAGGCUUCUUAAGUCUGUGCAUAACUGGGCAGUAAAUAAAUCCAAGUGUCUGCGCCGGCUCUGGGUAGCACGUGCACAGAGACAUGGCCUGUUGUGCUGCCUGCCCAAGGGAGCGGUUUACUUUACUAUUUGGAUUCUGAGGAGGAGAUUUUGCAUCUGUAACUAAAAAAAUAGCAUCAGAAAUCAGCAGUCAUUUGGAUACUGAACACAAUCAAGAUUUAUCAAUUGGAGAGCUUCAGCUGUGUUUGUCUCAACAAAUAAAUCCAUAAAUUAGGACUUGGCAAGAUUCUUGGCACUGUGGGACAUGUUGCAGCUGUUUUGAUACUGACCAAAUGGUCUUCCCUGCAUCUGUUUUGUGGUUUUGGUGACCAUCCUGGGCCAUUCUGCAACGUUGGAGCAUUGGCUGGAGAACAUGGGAUCUGGUAGUUCUGUCAAUGUCCAGUACAAGUACUCCCUGCAGAAGUCUGAAAAUGCUUUCAAGGCAGCUGUCUUGAUCCAGCAGUGGUAUCGGCGCCAUGUGGCUCGGCUGGAAAUGCGCCGCCGCUGCACCUGGAGAAUCUUUCAAUCCAUUGAGUAUUCCUGCGAGCAGGAUCAGAUCAAGCUUCACAACUUCUUCAGUUACCUCAUGGACCAGUUCACACCAAGCAGCAGCAAAGAGAGGGAUUUUAUCAGUCGCAUGUUCAUAAGUGGGGAAAGUUACAAAGAGGCAGAGCUGGAAAAAUACUGUGACUAUGAAUCCAUAGAGGUGCCAGACUCCUACACCGGACCCCGACUCUCCUUCCCACUCCUCCCUGACCAUGCCACGGCCUUGCUGGAAGCUUUCCAACAGAAACAACAGCUCCACGCUCGCUAUGUCUUAAACCUCCUGCAUGAGACCAGGAAGCACCUCAAGCAGUUGCCAAACAUCAGCCAUGUCUCCACCUGCUACAGCGAGGAGGUCACCGUGUGUGGAGACUUACAUGGCCAGCUGGAUGACCUGUUCCUCAUCUUUUACAAGAAUGGCCUUCCUUCCCCUUCCAAGUCCUAUGUGUUCAAUGGGGACUUUGUAGACAGAGGCAAGCAGUCCCUUGAGAUCCUUGUUAUCCUCUUUACCUUCCUGCUCAUCUAUCCCAAGGAGGUUCAUCUCAACCGCGGGAACCACGAGGACCACAUGGUGAACUUACGCUAUGGUUUCACCAAGGAAGUGAUGCAGAAAUACAAGGUGCAUGGGAAGAAAAUCUUGAGGAUGUUUCAGAAUGUCUUCUGCUGGCUGCCCCUGGCCACCCUGAUUGAUCAGAAAGUCCUCAUUAUUCAUGGGGGCAUCUCUGACACCACUGACCUGGACAUGCUUGAGAAAAUCCAAAGGGACAAAUUUAUUUCUGUGUUAAGGCUGAAGAAAAGGAAGGAAUCGAGUAGAAAACCACAAAUAGAGGCCAUAAAUGGGGAGAGCGAAUCAGGCACUGAUGCAGCAGCGAAUGAGGCAGCUCCCAGGUUAUCUCUGCAGCCCCAGGCAGCCCAGGCUCCCAGCACAGCCAACAGGCUGGAGUUCUCCAGGUGGCUCCGGCAGACGGUGCAGGAGCAAAUCGACACGUGCCGCCGGCUGGUGGACAUCAGCGAGUCAGAGCCAGAGGAGCUCACCUAUUCCAGCAUGGUCUCCUUGAAGGAUGCGGAUGAGCCGUGCUGGACUCGCCAGGAGGAGUGGAAGCAGGUUUUAGACAUUCUCUGGAGCGACCCCAUGCCUCAGGAGGGCUGCAGAGAAAAUAAGGUGCGAGGUGGUGGCUGCUACUUUGGGCCUGAUGUGACAGAGAAGUUCCUUGAGAAGUACAGCUUGCAGUUCCUGAUCCGCUCUCACGAGUGCAAGCAGGAGGGCUACGAGUUCUGUCACAACCGCAAGGUGCUGACCAUCUUUUCAGCCUCAAACUACUAUGAGAUUGGCAGCAACAGGGGAGCCUAUGUGAAGCUGGGACCAGACCUCAUCCCCCACUUUGUUCAGUACCAAGCAAACAAGACAGCCCAUUUACUCACUAUGACCCAAAGAAUCAGCAGAGUAGAGGAGUCAGCCUUUCGAGCCUUGCGGGAAAAGCUCUUUGCGCACACCUCAGCCCUCAUCAGUGCCUUCAAGUCCUACGAUGGGGACAAUACAGGAAAGAUCACUCUGAGCAACUGGGCGACAGCAGUGGAGUCAGUGCUGCGGCUGGGACUGCCCUGGCGAAUGCUGAGGCCGCAGCUGGUGCGCAGCACUGAGGACGGCAUGCUGGAGUACAAAUCCUGGCUGGAUGACCUGGCCAUGGAGCAGAGGAGCCAAGAGCACAUCCAGUCGAGCUUGCUGGAAGUCAUUUAUCGAAACAGAUCCAACUUAGAGACCAUAUUCCGGAUCAUAGACAGAGACCAUUCAGGUCUCAUCUCCUUUGAGGAAUUCCAGCAAACCUGGAAGCUGUUCAGCUCCCACAUGAACAUUGACCUCACGGAUGAUGGCAUUAACGACUUGGUUCGCAGCAUUGACUUCAACAAGGAUGGCAACAUUGACUUCAACGAGUUCCUGGAAGCCUUCCGCCUGGUCAAACAGUGCCCGUUGUGAGAACCUGCCGAGCUGCCGCGUCCCAUGCCUUGAUUUCUACCAAGCCAGGACUGUCCCGCCUAACCUAGUGUGCCUGCAGAUGCAAGCAGGGAAAGGGAAGGCAGGUGCCCAGAACAGACAUCACUGCAGGUGAUAGCUGUGACCCAUCUAGGGAAGCUAACAGGUGAAAUAGAUGAAUUGCACUUCAAUUCAGACUGCUUUUAAAAGAAGCUGUGUUUUAAAUAGUUUCCUGCUCCAAGGGAAGAUGCAACUUAGCUUCUCUUGUCAAUGUGAGAGAAUGUUACAGGUGUAUUCAAGAGCAGUAAAGUGCAAGUUAAUGUAAUACUUGUAGGCAGUGUUUUAAGGAGGUAGCACCUUUUUGAUUGCAACUUUCCUUUUAAUAAACCAUUUUUUCCAGACUGCUGUUGCUUGGCUGUUUAUUUCUUCUCUAGUAAACUCUGUGAGCAGCAGUGCUGUUCCAGUCAUGACACCUACUUCCCUGCUGGUGUUCCUCUGCUGUGGUAAGCUUGUUCUGGAAGUUUGGAGCUACUAAGUACACGUAGUAGAGCAGAAUGUUGGAAAAAAUACCUCAAACGUGCAACACUGUCUCUAGCAGGGGGACUUGUUUAAAAAACCUAUUAUCUCAAUUAUCUAUUGAGACAAUUUCAUUUUCAAGUAGCCCCUGCUAGGGGAGCCUACGCUGCAGGUUUGUUAUUUUCAAAGCCUGGUAGGACUCCAGCUUGUGAAGUGGGGUGGAAUGUGAAAAGUUUGCAAAACAAGAAACUGUGUGGUUCUCAAAUACAAGCAGCACAGUCUAGCAGGGGCCCCAUGGUGGAAGACUUAAGACUGCUACCCCAGCCCCCAAAACGAGAAUUCUAGCCUCACUCAAUUUCUUACAGAGCUCACUGCCCAGUGCAGACAGUUUAUUAACUGGAACUACGCUUCCAAAAGGAAACUAAUCCUGUUCCCCCUUACCCGGAGUUCCACAUAAGCUUUUUCAUAGGCAAUGGAAUCAUGCUUCCACAAACACUCUCAAAUGCACAAUAGGGGUCCCAGCAUGUUGCAGCUGUAUUUGUUUUUCCAUCCUUCAAAUUGAAUGAAUGGAAUUACUUUUAAAGGAUAAUGAAUACACUGAUUUUUGCCCCUUCCCUGUUUGUUUCUGCUGUACACACUUCUACUGCAGAGAACAUGGGUUCUAGGUUCAGUUAUUUUCAGUGACUUUGGUACUGAGGGGAAGAGCAGGUCUCUCUCCAUGGCAUGGGGUGAGUAGGUACCUGCUCUGCAGCGCUUGCUGCCUGGUAGGAUCUCGGGGCCACACCUUUCAUUUUGGUUUGGGGACU